AUAUGUGUAUGAUUUAGUUUGUCCAAUAUGUGUUUGUGAACAACAUUUUCAAGGAAGUACAGAAUUUUAUCGACAUUUACGUUGUCGUCAUACGCAGUGUAUUUUCACAUAUUUUUCAUCAAGUUAUAUUGCUGUUUAAUUUCCUUAAUCGUUAUAAACGUUCAAAUUUUCAGUAAUUUUCGCUUGUUUAUAGCUAUUCAGAAUUUCUAAUGAUGUCAAAGUUUUUACUACUCCUUUGCUUUACUGCAGUUCACGUUCUGGGUGAAGGACAAGAAAAUAUUUUAUCCAAAGAUGAGAAUGUUCAGAAUGGAAUAUCUUUGCAAAAUGAGCAACAUCUUGAAGCAAAUAUUUCAUUAAAUAAGACAGUUCCUCUGGAAUCUGUGACAGCUACUUUAGAACCUGUGACAGAUAAAAAUAAUUUGAAAUCAGCAGAAGUUUUAAUUAAACAAAGUUCUGUUCAAAGUUCUACAGUUAUUCCCAAUCAUUCUACUGUUACAUUAUCAAGUGCAAAUGUUUUGAUUCGUACAAAUGAAACAUCUGAAAAAAUUUUACAUACAACAAUGAAGUCAGCAGUUAUGUAUUCCCCAGUAAAGUCUACUUCAACUUCUCAUAGUGCUGGCAAAUGGGUGGUUGUUAGUGAAACGGAUGAAAUUUGUAUUAUAGUACAGAUGUCUGUAAUGUUCAAUAUCUCUUACAUCAAUGAUAAUAACACGAAAUCUUUUAUAGUAUUUGAUGUACCAACUGAUAAUGUGACUACGAAAGCAAAUGGAUCUUGUGGAGAGUUAGAACAAACUUUGACAUUAGAAUGGGCUUCUAAAAAUAUAACUAAUGGUAGUAUGACACUGCAUUUUAUGAAAAAUGUUGAUGGAUACUCUCUUCAUCAUUUGGAAGUCAUCCUUCCACCAACAGAUUUUCCAGCUACAACACUAAAUACAUCAAUGACCCUGAUACACAAGGCACAUGAUUUUGUGGUGAAACUAUCCAAUUCCUACAGAUGCUUGAAACAACAAAUGCUCAACUUAAAACAAAAUAAUACUAACGAAACACUUGGUUAUUUAACUGUAUCAGGUUUCCAGUUUCAAGCAUUCAAAGUAGAUAAUUCUACUGUUUUUGGUUUAGCUAAAGAUUGCGCUUUUGAUACACCGGAUGUUGUACCAAUAGCAGUAGGCUGUGCACUGGCAGGAUUAGUGAUUAUAGUAUUGAUUGCAUACUUGAUUGGUCGCCAUCGAAAUCAAGCUCAUGGUUAUCUUAGCAUGUAAUGUUGAAAUGUUUUUAUGUUUAACUUUUUUCAUAUAACUCAGUGGAAAUUUCUUUAUUUAGUUUAUAUUAUGUAUCGUAAUAUUAACUACAAAAUCUGUCAGAAGGUAUUUCUCAAAAAUUAUAUAUUAAAACUUGCAAUACAAAAAUAUUUGAGAAGUACUAUUAACAGAAAAAGAUUAUGUAAAAUUGAUGAUUAUUGCAAACCGUGUACAAUGUUUCAGAAUUAUAAAAUUUUUUAUUUACGUAUUUAAAUAAUAAAGUAAUACCAUAUAUAAUA